AAGAAUUCACUUUCUGUUUUAUUGUUGGGAACGGGUGAAACUGGUAAAUCAACAUUAUUUAAACAACUUGAAUUGAUUAAUGGAGUGGGUAUCAUUAAAGAAAAUGAAAAAUCAAUGUGGGCUACUCUAAUUCAUGGCAAUGUAAUUUCUGACAUGAAAACUUUGAUUGGAAUUGUUGAGGAAAUGGAUGUUCAAGAAGUUUCGGAUGAAAUGCACGAAUUAAUUCAAGAAAUAUUAGAAUUACCUGAUCAAAAUGUUACUAUUAAUGAAGAAUUAUGUGAAAAGUUGAAGAAACUGUGGAAUUAUGAAGUAGUUAGGGAAGCUUAUGAUAAUAGAGAUCAAGCUUUGGAUUCUGCUGAAUAUCUCUAUAAUAAUAUUGAUAGAAUUGCCAAGCCAGAUUACUCACCAACAGUUGAUGAUGUUCUUCAUUGUCGUGUAAAGACACUUGGUGUGCAUCAUGUUGAACUCAUGAUGGAUGGAAACUUUAAAUUUAAAUUGAUUGAUGUUGGUGGUCAACGUUCUGAACGAAGAAAGUGGCUUGAACUCAUGUCAGAAGUUGAUGCUGUCAUUUUCAUGACAUCUUUAGCUGAAUUUGAUCAAGAAUGUUAUGAGGAAAAAGGAUUUAAACGUGUUGUUGAAUCUUUGGAAACAUUUGAAAAGGUCAUUAACAACAAACUCUUCCAAAAAGUUCCAUUCAUUCUCAUGUUAAAUAAGCGUGACUUAUUCGAGAGGAAGAUUGCAAAGAAGAGUUUCAAGAAAUAUUUCCCAAAUUAUACAGGUGAUGAAAAGAAUCCCCAACAAUGUAUUGAUUUCAUUUCGAAAAUGUUUUUG